AUGGCCCUGAUAUCGAAUAAGCACGAUCCAGAUAGCUGGUACGGCGUUGAAGAUCCGAAACAGCGAAAGAAGAUUCAAGAUCGGCUGGCCCAACGAGCACGAAGGCAACGAUUGGCGCAACAGCGUGGGAGCAAAGGUGCCAGUGCCAGUGCCAGGCAGAUACGGAAGGCGGCAUCAAGCUCCACAGAACCAUCUGAAGCAGACAUCCUUGCUGUCAUUAACAGCCCAGAUCGCUCACCGUUAGCCUCGGCCGUCUACGCCGCGCUAAGACCCACCAAGGGUCCCAACAAGGGCGCCAUGAUUCCCAUUGAGGUGCCCCUGACCGUCUAUUCGGCGCUCUACAACAAUGGCGUGAUCCUGGGCUUGACCUGUGCGACUGUCAUGCCUCAACGAUCCAAGCCAGCACCCCAUGCACCUCGCUCAUUGCAGCCGACCAAGCUUCAGCUUGAAGCCGUUCAUCUCCCAUGGAUAGACCGAUUCCCGCUCCCUCGCUUCCGUGAGAACUUCAUUCGGAAAGAAGCCGAGAUUAACGAAGAGGAGUUCUUGUUCGACAUGUUCAACCUUGACAGCUUCAACCUCAGGCCUGGACGGCAAGGGUGGGAUGAAGAUGCAUGGGUGGUCCAUCGAAACUUUGCAAGCAAGUGGGGAUUUCUACUGAAAUGA